AUGUGUGGAACGAAUGUGGACCUGUCAAACGAAGGGAGCGGGUGUGUCAAUCAGCUUGGUGGGGUGUUUCUGAACGGGAGGCCGCUUCCAGCAUAUAAAAGGAGGAAGAUGAUCGAACUGGCAUCGGAAGGUGUGCGCCCAUGCGAGAUCUCCAGAAUUCUGCAGGUGUCAAAUGGCUGCGUCAGCAAGAUUUUGAGCAGGUACCACAAAACCGGCCUCCUGGACCCGAAGGCGACCGGAGGUAGUAGACCUCGACUCCUCACCCCCGAAGUCAUCUCGAAAAUAAUCGAAUGCAAGACGAAAAACCCAACAACAUUCGCCUGGGAAAUCAGAAAAAAGCUCGCGGCCGAAAGAAUCUGUAAAUCGGCCAAAGUUCCCAGUGUAUCCUCUGUAAACCGAAUUCUCAGGAAAAUUCAACUCGACUCUGCGAUGUUGAGUGUGGAGAUUUCUGCGCACCACCCCAGAUACCCAGGUCUUCCAGUGGGGACCCCAACGCAGUCAGUAGUGAAGGAGAGGGAGGAGAUGGAGACAGUUGAGGUGAACGAGCUCCAGCCUCCCCGGCCCCAGCAUCGCAACCGCACCACCUUCACCCUGGGGCAGUGCAGAGUGUUAGAGCAAGAAUUCACACAGAGCCACUAUGCAGACAUGUUCACCAGGGAAAAACUGGCAUCUGAGAUCCAACUUCCAGAGGACACCAUCAAGGUGUGGUUCUCAAACAGAAGAGCAAAAUGGAGGAGGGAAGCCAAGUAUAAGAGCGGUGUCCACGGAGCACAUAGUGAGUGUGUGUAUUUUUGUUUAUUAUGGAUCCCCAUUUGCUGCAGCUAAGGCACCAGCUACUCUUCCUGGGGUCCAGCAACAUUAAGGCAGUUAAAAACUAUUUAAAAUAUUAAAUUUCAUUAUAUUUAAUAGCACUUUUCACAACACAUUAAGUGUGUUCCCUCAGAUACUACUCUACAAUCACAUCUCUACAGUACACAAUCCAUGUGUAUGGGUGUGUAGAGUGUGUGUCUUAUCAUGUGUGUGUGUGUGUGUCUCUUCACA